UCCAUACCAACCGGCAGCGCGUUAAGAUGGCUGGCUAUGCCGCUGCUCCCAACGCCUCGCAGACCCUUCAGGAGGAAGCGGUGUGUGCCAUCUGCCUGGAUCACUCCAAGGAUCCCGUAUCCAUCGGCUGCGGGCAUAACUUCUGCCGAGGGAGUGUGACGCAGCUGUGGGGCAAGGAAGAUGAUGAGGAAGUCAGGGACGAAGAGGAAGGUGAAUGGGAGGAGGACGGCGAGGCGGUGGGGGCCAUCGGUGGAUGGGGCAACUCCAUUCGAGAGGUUUUAUACCAGGGGAAUGCUGACGAGGAGUUGUGCCAGGACCAAGAGGAUGAUGAACUCUGGGACGGUGACGGUGGCGUAAGGGAUUGGGACAACGUGGAUUAUGUGUGGGACCAGGAGGAAGAAGAGGAGGAUACGGACUAUUACCUGGGAGGCGUGAGACAUGACCUGAGAACUGACGUCUACCCAGAAGAGGAGAUAUUGGAAGAAUACGAUGAGGACGACCAAGAGCUGUAUCCUGACACUCACCUGCCUCCUCCCCCGGCCCCUCCACGGCAGUUCAUCUGCCCCCAAUGCCAAAAGAGCUUUACGCGUCGCAGCUUUCGUCCCAACUUGCAGCUGGCCAACAUGGUCCAGAUAAUUCGCCAGAUGUGCCCCACUCCUAAUCGAGGGAGCCAGGGGAAUGAUCAGGGCAUCUGCUCCAAACACCAAGAAGCUCUGAAACUAUUCUGUGAGGUGGACAAAGAGGCCGUCUGUGUGGUGUGUCGAGAAUCCAGGAGCCAAAAACAGCACAGCGUGGUGCCAAUGGAAGAAGUGGUUCAUGAGUACAAGGAAAAAAAAAUGGAGAAACUUGUGAAACCUUGCAUUCCGAAUGCUGCCACAACUUUGCGAGGAAAUUGAGGAAUUCCAGAAUUUCUUCAUCAACUUCUGCGUCUGAACUCUGAAUUCAUUGACUGAGCAUAUCAAACAUCAGGUUUUAAAAAAAACAGCUCAUCCUUCUUUGCUAUUAGUUGAGAUUAAUCUACUGAUGAAGAAAAUUGUGCUUUGUUUAUGUUCAGAAUAAGGCUUUAAAAACUGUGGAUGUGCUAUUUUCACUAAGCGAGCACUAAAGACAAUAUUUUUGAAGUUGUUUGAAAUGAACUUAGUUGGAAGAAAAAAAUUAUAGGAGUAUAUGUUGGUAGUGCUACAGCAAUGACAUGUUUUAGAUAUGGGUCUUUGUCAAAAAUUCAAGAAAACUGGCAUUCAAGAUGUACUGCAGGGCUUCCCUGGUGGCGCAGUGGCUAAGA